AUGGCUGGGCGACCGGCUGCGCUCCGCCUCCUCCUCCUGCUGGGCGCUGUCCUGAAGCCCCAGGAGUCCUUGGCUCAGCUUCAUGCCUCCCCAGACAUGCCUCCCCAGAUUGAAGGGAAACGGGUGGAGAUCUACGAGAAAAAUAUCUACUUGUGCUGGCAAGGCUAUAAGAAUCAUAUGGACUCUGUGGAAGAAGACUGGUGCGACUGGGCUUUGAUUAGCAGGCCUUACAGCGAACUGAGAGCUUGCUUGGAGCAUGAGGCAGAGGAGUUUGGCCUGAGUUUCCCCAAUCCCAUGGCUGAACAGAUCAUCCUUGAAACUCACCAGAUCCACUUUGCCAAUUGCUCUCUGGUGCAGCCCACCUUCUCAGAUCCCCCAGAAGGAGUGCUUCUGGCCAUGAUCAUAGCUCCCAUCUGCCUCAUCCCCUUCCUUGUGACCCUUGUGGUGUGGAGGAGUAAAGACAGCGAGGCCCAAGCCUAGGUGGCAGGAACUUCUCAGCAGCCACCCCUGUCCUCUCCUCUUCCUUCCCAACUCCUCUCACUCCCACCCUCACCGAAGAUCCAUGGGUCAGUGGAAAUGAAAACCGGAUGGGGUGAUCGUACAAGUUCUCUAAUCUUCAAAAUAAAACUUUUUUGUCCAUUGUC